AUGAGUAGAGGAGGCAUGGGACCAACUAAAUCAAAGUUAGUAGCCAUCUUGCUCAUUUCCUCCGCUAUUCUGGUGGUGUCAAGUGCAACAGUAGAAGAUCUGGUGGUGGUACAAUGCAAGAACCAAUGCAAACAUGAUCUAUACAACAAGAAAGAGUGUGAAGAUCGGUGCGACGAAAAGAUGAUGAUGAAGGAAGAUGAACAAGAUCCCUUCUGCAAUGCAUUUUGCAAACCCUUUUCAGAAGAUGGACAAGGAAUGCACCAACGUUGCAUGACAGUUUGCCCUCGGACCAAGUCCUUGUCAGAGAGACAACAAGUAGAAGAUUCUAAGGGUGUUUUGGAGACAAAGUGCAACAGAAAAUGCUCUUCUUACACGGAACCAGAGACACAUAAAAGAUGCAUCUCCGAAUGCCUCAGGUCCAUCAUCUCCAAGAGGAUAGACAACGAGGCAAUCUGUGAGUCAUCGUGCAGUGUUGUUCAAGAGACACCACUCAUUAUAAGGUGCACUAGAGUUUGCCACGAGAGAAUUCCCGGAGCUGUUUCUACUUAA